UUCCGUGGAAACUGAAUUACAAAACAAUCCUCGUAAAACAAGCGAAAUGUUACUCUGAGAAAACCCAAAGCCCUUGCUAACCUCGUCGUCCUCCAAGCCGGCCGAAAAUCUGCCUGAAUCCGCGCCGCUCCCUCCGGCCCACCACCGCGCUCCAGGUCGUCGCGGCUCCAAUGGUGACCAGGUGGAGCCAGAAGAGCCCCGGCCUCAAGAUCCUGUGGAUCUGGACACUGGGCACCGCCGCGAUCAUGAUCACCAACGUCGUCCGGACGCGCGUCAACGAUAUGCAGAUGAUCCUCCGGGAGGAAGACGAAGCCGCCGGUUCUGGCGGAGGCGGUGGCGGCACGGGCGGCGGAUCCUCCGGCGAGCGCGUCAUGAGGGACGACGAGUUGAAUUGAUCAGCGAGUGAAGAAGAGUUUGCUUGAGCUUGAGCGACUCUACAUGGCAAAGUUUGCCGAAGCCCACGUUUCGCCAGCCAAGACUAAACGGUUCAUCGUUUGAUGUCUCCAGAAACUUUUUUCUAGGGCAUUUUUAUUGGUAAAGCAGUGAGGUAUGUACCUGCGUGGGGCAUGAAACUGUGGAAUUGCUUGGUUCCAAAUACUGCUGCCUCAUGUACCUGUGUGUUGCUUAGAAAUGAACCUGUAACUUUACAUGGUGAAGUUCUUUAUGGUAAGAAAGAGUGCCAGAUGUUUCUGGACCCUUUUUCAG